AUGUCGUCAACAAAUGCUGUCCUCCCAGAAAAGGUAGGGGGAGUACACCUCAGCCUCGAACCGGGAUAUAAUGGAGCUAUUCGGGCGAGCGCAGCCGUCCUAGGACAUUGGCGCCGCGCCAUCGUCACCAUGUACGAGAAGAAAACCCGCCGUAUCAUCUCGUGCACGACAUUCGUCGAAUAUCCGGCGGGGAAGAUGACGCUCGAGACAGCAAAGCAAAGCCUCCGGUUUGAGUUGGGACAAGGAGUCGUCCAUUCGCGCUACUCGCUCACGUUCAACGUAGCCAAGACCCACACCGCCAACGUUGACAACCAUUACAGGCGUACCCAUGCACGCAGGCCCAGGCUUGAGGGCGCCGUUGGGAGUAUCCACCGCUCCUUCAUCUUUGAUCCUCGUCCCCGCCCUCACAUCUACGGCUCCAGGGCGACGUCAAGCAGCUGCGAGCAACCCACGCAUGGCGAUGACGACGUCGUCGUCGAAGGCGGCCACGGCAAGGCCGCGAUGCGCCCUAUCCAACACCCUGGACAGCGAUGGGCGUAG